UGUCUGUGACCAUGAUCAAAUUUCGUUGUGGACUCUGGAAUUAUCUGUGAAAAAUAUUAUCGGAUUUUUAUCUAAAAUCCUCUAAAAUAUGAAUGAUAACAUGAGGUUUUUGGAUAAAUCAAUCAUCGUAGGCUUAAAAUAAAUUUGUGGAGUGUGAGAGUGACUGUGUGAAGGGUUUACUAGAAAAUAUUUCACAAAAAUACGCUCCACAUUUGCGGCACUUGUGUAAAAAGUGAAAAUAUGGCGCAUUGAAGAAUUCAACUUGUUUUUGAAAAUAAGCAUUCCAAUUUUGAAAAAUAAGAUUAACAAAAAUGGCAAGAUACUAUGAAAAUACGACGAUUUUCAACUUUAGCUGGGAUCAAGUCGCUCGAGGUUAUUGGAAGAGAUAUCCAAAUCCACAAAGUACACAUGUGCUAUCAGAAGAUACUUGGAGUAGACAAGUAAAGGAUGGAUGUUUGUACACAAAAAGACUGCUAACUAAAACAAAUAGGGUACCAAAAUGGGGUGAAAGAUUUUUCAGUGCGAAAUCAGUUAAGAUAAUUGAAGAGAGCAUAGUUGAUCCAGAAAAAAAGGUGUUAGUCACGUACACAAGGAACUUAGGAUACACAAAAGUUAUGAGUGUGGUGGAACGUGUGGAGUACAGGCCUUCAGGUCAUGGGCAGACGAUAGCCAAGCGAUCAGCCUGGAUUGAUUCACAGGUGUUCGGCUUCUCGAGGGCCAUCAGGGCGUUUGGAGUUGAACGGUUCAGGAAGAAUUGUAGUCAAAUGGUGAGCGGCUUCAACGACGUGCUGGCGGGCAUGUUCCCGCGGCCGGGCGCGCCGCCCGUGGCGCAGGCGCUGCGCGACAUGCGCGGCGCGGCGGCCGCGGCGCGCGCCACCGCCAGCGCGCUCUCGGGCGUGCAGCGCAGCUAA